CUAAUGCUAUCCCGACAGCAAGAAUGAUGAUUCAGCAUUGCAACUUAAAUAAGGACAUAUCACGAUAUGAGGUUUUCAGUGGUGCCCAUGCAGCCUCUCGCACACAUCUUUUCGCUGCCAAGUCAUGGGCAGCCUCCGCCUACGUCCUCAAUCACCCGUCUGUAUUGCUUGCUCAUCAGGUUGCGCUCAAAUUCUUAGACCAGCGAGUUGCUCUCCUGUCGUCUUCUUCUCAUCACUUCGACGUCAUCAGGGAGGCUGUUUCUUCCCUCGCCACAGAUGCUUUUUCGUGCAGUGUUCGUCGUGGUGCGCUGACGACUGCCGUGGAGCUGGUGGAGCAAGGUCGUGCAGUAUUCUGGACUCAGUUGGCACGCUUCAACACACCGCUCGAUGAACUUUCUGGUUCAGGUGACAUCGGCACGGCCUUGGCAGAAGAGUUCAAACGGUUGAGCUUUUGCCUUCGUAACGCGUUAGAUCAGUCGACUAGAGACCAGUCUCCACAAAUCCGUCAACUGACCAUGCAAUGGGAUGAUGUCAUCACACGCAUCCGCAUGCUCCCUGACUUUUCACGCUUUCUUCUGCCUCCACUGUUUUCUGACCUUCAAAAGGCAGCUGAAGAUGGUCCAGUCAUCGUCGUUAAUGCAAGUCAAUAUGGCUGCGAUGCAUUGAUCGUCCGUCACGCGGAAGAUCCUAUUCAUGUUCCACUUGACAUCACACAAGCUGAAGUGUCCGAAUUCUCCUCCGACUUCCACACACUCACAGAGCAGUUUGGUUCUUCUGAUAAUCAACUCAAGCUUGUCGGCAUGCUUCGCAAGCUUUGGAAUAAUGUUGUUGGCCCCGUUGUCCAAGCUCUCAGGGAGUCAAAUGUUUGCCCUGGUUCGCGUAUAUGGUGGUGUCCCACUGCGGAUUUCACGCUGCUUCCCCUCCAUGCAGCAGGACCAUACGAGCCGAAGAAGAAAAAUUUGUCUGACAUCUACAUCUCAUCUUACACCCCCACUUUGAUGACUCUCAUUCGUGCGAGACGGCAGGUUUCUCGAGAUGUGUCCUCGCAACAUUUUGUUGCUAUCGGUCAAGGCAACCCGGUGAACGGCAGUGAGCUCAAAUGCGUCGCUCCCGAGCUAGCCGCCGUCGCUCAGCAUGUUGCUCCCAUCGUCUCCUUCACAUCCCUCGAGGAUGCCAACGCGACAGUCGAGAAUGCACUCAAUGCACUCGAUCAUAAUCAGUGGCUUCAUCUUGCCUGCCAUGGAAUGCCGAAUCGGAAACAACCGUUUGAGUCUUCUUUCGCCAUGCGCGACGGGCCUUUAAUGAUCAAGGACAUUAUCCGAUCCCACUGGCAGGACCCGCAGUUCGCAUUUUUAUCGGCCUGCCACACUACCGUUGGCGAUGAGAAGAGUCCCGAUGAGUCAAUCCAUCUCGCUGCAGCUAUACAAUUCUGCGGAUUUCGCAGUGUGAUCGGUUCCAUGUGGUCUGUUGACGACGAGGUUGCACGCUAGGUCGUGUCCGCUUUUUACGGCAACUUCAUUGAUGAUUCAAAAAGAUUGGACUGCACACGGGCUGCAGUAGCGCUACACAAGUCCGUGAAAUCGUUGCGCAAGAAGAUUCCGUUAGAGCAGCAGAUUGUAUUUGUUCACAUAGGUGUGUAGUUAGACUCGAUUCGCUAUAUAUUAUUCCAUUUGCUUUAUCUCUAGUUGUUUUCGCUCGCUGUGUUGCUUACUUAUUUCUGCGUGAUACGUAUACUUUGUUGUACUGUACUGUACUAGUGUCACAUCGCAUCCCGUUGAAUAAAUGUGAUUUACUCCUGCAUCGUCACAGUUCUAAAUCGUUAAGCGCAGCUGUAGCAUAUGAUUCAGCGAGUGGUG